AUGGGAGAGGCAGGACGCGGUGGUUGGUGUCCGCCGAUGGAUCUGUUCCGGUCGGAGCCGAUGCAACUCCUUCAGCUCAUCAUUCCCGUCGAAUCCGCUCACCUCACCGUCUCUUACCUCGCUGAGCUUUGUCUUCUUCAAUUCAAAGAUCUCAAUGCAGAGAAGAGUCCUUUUCAACGAACUUAUGCAACUCAGAUAAAAAGAUGCGGAGAAAUGGCUCGUAAAUUGCGAUUUUUGAAGGAGCAAAUGUUGAAGAAUGGUGUGUCACCUACUGGUUCAACAACACAGCCAGAUGUAAACAUUGAUGAUCUUGAGGUAAAACUUACAGAACUUGAGUCAGAAUUAACUGAGAUCAACGCCAACAGCGAAAAGUUGCAACGCUCUUACAAUGAACUAGUGGAGUAUAAGCUUGUUCUGCAGAAGGCUGGUGAAUUUUUCCACUCGGCUCAAAGUGGUGCCAUAGAGCAUCAGAGAGAAUAUGAAUCACAACAUCAAAUCGGUGAAUCUAUUGAAACACCUUUAUUAGAUGAUCAAGAAUUGUCCACUGAUUCAUCGAAGCAAGUUAGAUUGGGGUUUUUAGCUGGUCUUGUCCCCAGGGAAAAGUCCAUGGCAUUUGAGAGAAUUUUAUUUCGUGCUACCAGAGGCAAUGUCUUUUUUAGGCAGGCCAUUGUUGAGGAUCCUGUCACAGACCCUGUGUCUGGAGAACAGGUUGAGAAAAAUGUGUUUGUGAUCUUCUAUGCUGGUGAGAAAGCAAAAUCCAAGAUUCUAAAAAUAUGUGAGGCAUUUGGUGCUAAUCGUUACCCUUUUACUGGGGAACUAGGAAAACAAGCUGAAAUGAUUUCAGAGGUUUCAGGAAGACUUCUGGAAUUGAAAACCACAAUAGAUACUGGAUUGCUGCACCGUUGCAACUUGCUACAGACUAUUGGAGUUCAAUUUGAGCAAUGGAAUCUUUUGGUGAGGAAGGAGAAAGCCAUAUACCAUACACUGAACAUGCUUAGCCUGGAUGUGACAAAAAAAUGUCUUGUGGCUGAGGGUUGGAGUCCUGUUUUCGCAACAAAGAUGAUCCAGGAUGCAUUGCAACGGGCAGCACUUGACUCUAACUCCCAAGUCAGUUCCAUUUUCCAAGUCUUGCAAACUAGGGAGAUCCCACCUACCUAUUUUUGUACAAAUAAAUUUACUUCUCCAUUUCAAGAAAUUAUUGAUUCAUACGGGGUUGCUAAGUAUCGGGAGGCAAAUCCUACGGUUUAUACCAUAAUUACCUUUCCAUUUCUUUUUGCUGUCAUGUUUGGUGACUGGGGACAUGGCAUAUGUUUACUACUGGGAGCUCUUUUUUUCAUAAUCAGGGAGAAGAAACUUUCUGGCCAGCUUGAUAAACUUGGAGACAUCACAGAGAUGACUUUUGGUGGUCGUUAUGUUAUUAUGUUGAUGGCAAUCUUCUCAAUAUAUACUGGUUUGAUCUAUAAUGAGUUCUUUUCUGUUCCAUUUGAACUCUUUGGUCCUUCGGCAUAUGCAUGUCGUGACCUUUCUUGCAGGGAUGCUACAACAGUUGGCCUGAUAAAAGUGCGUCGCACUUACCCAUUUGGAGUGGACCCUGUAUGGCAUGGUACAAGAAGUGAAUUACCAUUUCUGAAUUCAUUGAAAAUGAAAAUGUCAAUUCUUCUUGGGGUCGCCCAAAUGAACCUUGGAAUUAUCAUGAGUUAUUGCAAUGCCAAAUUCUUUGGAAGUAGCGUGAAUAUAUGGUUCCAAUUUAUUCCCCAAAUGAUAUUUCUCAACAGUCUAUUUGGUUACCUAUCAGCUCUCAUUAUUGUGAAGUGGUGCACUGGUUCUCAAGCUGAUUUGUACCACAUAUUGAUCUACAUGUUCCUGAGUCCUACAGAUGAUUUGGGUGAGAAUCAACUCUUUGCUGGUCAAAAAAUUCUGCAGCAAGUGUUUUUACUUCUGGCUGUUGUCUCUGUACCCUGGAUGCUGAUCCCAAAACCUUUUAUUUUGAAGAAGCAACACGAAGAUGUAUGCUUCCGUUUGAACUUUACUCAAGCUCUGUUUGUUCCUUCAGAAAUCAUUUAUCUUAGGUCUGAUUCUGAUAGUUUGUUACCUCAGAGGCAACGUGGUGAAUCCUACGCGCCACUUCAAAUCACAGAAGAGAGCGUGCAAAUAGAGUCAAACCACGAUUCCAAUGGUCACGAGGAAUUUGAAUUCAGUGAAGUCUUUGUGCAUCAACUCAUACACACCAUAGAAUUUGUACUUGGAGCAGUCUCUAAUACAGCUUCUUACCUUCGUCUAUGGGCUCUAAGUCUUGCACAUUCAGAGUUAUCAAGUGUUUUCUACGAGAAGGUUCUCAUUUUGGCAUGGGGGUACAACAAUGUGAUCAUCCUGAUUGUGGGUUUUAUUGUCUUCGCUUUUGCUACCGUUGGGGUGUUGCUUGUCAUGGAAACUUUGAGUGCCUUCUUGCAUGCUUUGCGACUUCAUUGGGUAGAGUUCCAAAACAAGUUCUACGAGGGUGAUGGUUACAAGUUCUACCCUCUCUCCUUCUCAUUGCUGGAUGGUGAGGAUGACAUGCUUUAA